AUGCAAGCCCAGAAGCUCCCAGAAGACAGCUGCAACGACCGCACACAAAAGCCCAGCAGUCCCGAAAACGCUGAAGAACCAUCACGCCCAAAACGAAGCGACUACAUCGGCCGUCUGGAAAGCGCCAUACAGGACUACCUCCGAGAAGCGCAGGUGCCGGAGUUCCAGCGCCUCUGCGAGCUCCGCAAGAAGGGCUGGGAGAAUCCGGCCGGCGACGCCUUCUUCGCGAAACAGCGCCAGACCGCCGACAACGCGGACGACAAGACCGCCAGACACUUCUACACCAUGAUGCUGGACAUAGGCAAAGACAUGAACCGGCAAACGGGGGUCUUCAGCAUCGAGCCCUCAUCCCCAACCCAACAACCAGCGAUCCUCGACAUGUGCAUGGCGCCCGGCGGCUUCCUCGCAACAGCCCUGGCGCUCAACCCGACCGCGCAAGCCCUCGCAUUCAGUCUCCCGCCAGAGGAAGGAGGGCACAACGUCGCGCUCGAUCUAGCCGCAUACCCCAACGUCACGGCCCAUCUCUGCGACAUCACAAUGCUAGCAGCGGACAUCGGAGUCUCCAGCGCAGAAAUCCCAGUCGACCACCCGGACGUCCACGGAUUCCUCCCGGCGCACUUCAACCAGAAGAAGUUUGAUCUUGCGUUCUGCGACGGCCAAGUCCUCCGCACGCACGCCCGGGCGUCCUACCGCGAGAAACGCGAAGCGACGCGGCUAACCCUAACGCAGUUGAUUUUGUCGCUGUCACACCUCAAGCCCGGCGGAACGAUGAUCGUGCUGUCGCAUAAGAUCGAAGCCCCGGCCAUGGUGCAGAUGCUGUACGAGUUCAGCAGGUUCUCUACUGUGACGGUGUACAAGCACGCAAAGUUUCAUGCGAAGCGGUCGUCGUUUUAUAUGAUUGCAUCUGGGCUCAAGGUCGACAGCGAAGAGGCCGUAGCUUUACUGGAAAGGUGGCGGAGAAAGUGGAAGAGUUUAGUAUUGGACAUGAAGUUGACUGAUGAGAGGUUUGCGGAGAUGGCUGAAGAAGGGGCGCCGACGAUCGAAGAGAUUCUGGACACGUUUGGAGAGAGGUUGAUCGAGAUGGGGAGGACGGUCUGGGGAGUCCAGGCGGAGGCUUUGGGAAAGGCGCCGUUUAUCAAGAGCAAGGCAGAGAAGAGCGGAAGUUGGCGGUCUUGA